ACACAUAGGUGGUUUACCACUCUCCCAUGAAAACCAAAGCACCAGACGUUUCUAAACAAGCACCCGGAAAGAAAUGUCAUCUCAAGGUCAAAAUACGGGUCGGAGGCCCGAGCUCAGGCACGACCCGGUAACAAACCGAUGGGUCAUUUUCUCACCCGCCCGUGCCAAAAGACCCACUGAUCUCAAAUCCAAAUCCCCUCAAAACUCUAACCCCAACGACAACUCCUCAUGCCCUUUCUGCAUCGGCAACGAGCACGAGUGCGCACCCGAAAUCUUCCGGGUCCCGUCCGACCCGAAUUGGAAACUCCGGGUCAUUGAGAAUCUCUACCCCGCCCUGAACAGGAAUCUCGAGGGCCCGUGUGAUGAAAAGCAGGAUAUGGGUGUUCCGGGUCUGGCAAUGGGUGGUUUUGGGUUUCACGAUGUGGUGAUAGAGAACCCGGUUCAUUCGGUCCAUCUGUGUGAUAUGGAGGCGAGAGAUAUUGGCCAAGUUUUGCUUGCUUAUAAGAAGAGGAUUCAGCAGAUUGCUACUGUUGAAUCCAUUAAAUACGUGCAGGUGUUCAAGAACCAUGGCGCAUCUGCUGGAGCAUCGAUGAGUCAUUCACAUAGCCAGAUACUGGCUCUUCCCAUUAUUCCUUCAUCAGUUUCUGCUCGAUUUGAGGGCAUGAAUGAGUACUUUGAAAAGACAGGAAAAUGCAGUCUAUGUGAAGUUCAAGCAAAAGAACUUUUGAUUGAUGAAUCGACUCAUUUUAUCUCCAUUGUUCCUUUUGCUGCCACAUUCCCUUUUGAGAUAUGGAUUAUUCCCAGGGCUCACUCCUCUCAUUUCCAUGAAUUUGAUUGUGAGAAGAUGGUUGAUCUCGGUGGAUUGCUGAAGCUCAUGCUUAGGAAGAUGUCUCUACAACUGAACAACCCACCAUUUAACUUCAUGAUCCAGACCUCUCCCCUUCAGGUUAAAGAAUCAGAAUUAUUCUAUUCUCACUGGUUUUUACAGAUAAUACCUCAGUUGAGUGGGGUCGGGGGGUUUGAAAUUGGAACUGGUUGCUACAUAAAUCCUGUUUUCCCCGAGGAUGCUGCAAAGGUUAUGAGGGAAGUUAAUCUGCCAGUGGAGGGUUGAACUGAUCACAUUCAUACCAGUAAUAUAACUUAGAUUUACAUGAGAAGCUGAAAAAGAAGGGUAAUAAGGAGAAGAUAGUGUCAUCAAUAGGAACUGUUUUUUUUUAUGUUGUGUUUGUGCAAGGAAAGUAGAAGCAUAUUCAUUUGAAGUGUGCGGCAAAAGCUCUCAUGUGUCCCGCAUGGCUAAUGCUUUCUUUUUUUUCGGCUAGUGCAUCAUGCUGUUGUUAAUAACUUAAUAAUGCAAGACAGAGAGAAAGUCAAGAGAGCAACACCUUUGAGUGACAGGAAGAAAUCGACUGUCAUGAUUUAGAAGGAGAUCAAGUCUACUCGAACAGUUUGGCA